GACCUGUGUACUCAGAUUGUGUGUGUGCGCGUCCAUAUGGUCUCCUGACGUCUCAAGUCUGUAAUCUCAUUCUGUCAGAGGCAGUUUAACACACAGAGCCAGUGGUGCAUUUCUGCUGAACAUCGCUCACACAACAUCACAACUCAAACACACACAUGCUCAGCUGUAGGACAGACUCAAAAUCCAGUCCUUACAUCAUGGAGGUGGUUGCAUGUUCCAUGGGCAGCAGCUCCAGUCUCUACAGUGUCCUGGCUAAGACUGUCAGUAGACCUCCUCUUCCUUGCCCGUGUGACUCCACAUACACUCCGGGUAACGAUCUGGAUCUGGAUCAAGACCCGGCGGACCCUUUGGAGCUGUUGCAGGAAUGUAGAGAGGUUCUGAGAAACCGGCCAGCCCAACUGCAGAGAGCUUUCGUUCAGACGGGGCAUGGAGACUCCAGACAGACGAUCAGAGUUAUGCAGUGGAAUGUACUAGCACAAGCAUUAGGUGAAGGCAUGGACAGUUUUGUGCAGUGCCCCAUGGAUGCUCUGAACUGGGCUGAAAGGAAGUAUUUGAUCCUGGAGGAGAUCCUAACCUACAGACCUGACAUCCUAUGCCUACAGGAAGUUGAUCACUACUUUGACAUGUUUCAGCCCGUCCUGGCAAGUUUGGGCUACCAGAGUAGCUUCUGCCCCAAACCAUGGUCUCCAUGUCUGGAUGUGGAGAACAACAACGGCCCUGAUGGCUGUGCUCUGUUCUUCAAUCACAAACGCUUCCAGUCACUAAACACAACACAUCUUCGACUGUCCGCCAUGAUGUUGAAGACCAAUCAGGUGGCAAUCAUCGCCGCUCUACGCUGCCGAACAACAGGUCGGGCCUUCUGUGUCGCGGUAACGCAUCUAAAAGCACGGAGCGGUUGGGAGGUCCUACGCAGCGCACAGGGUUCGGAUCUCCUGCGCAACCUGCGGAACGUUGCACAGAGAAUAGAGGCCGAAGAAAAAGCAGAUGCCAACGUUCCUCUGAUAGUAUGUGGCGAUUUUAAUGCCGAGCCGGCAGAAGAUGUCUAUAGGAAUUUUGCAACAUCUAGUCUGGGACUGGACAGUGCGUAUAAGCACUUGAGUACGGACGGGAAAACCGAGCCACCUUACACAACGUGGAAGAUUCGGCCCAGUGGCGAGAGCUGCCACACACUGGACUACGUGUGGUAUUCACACAGAGCGUUUGAUGUUAAUGCGGUUCUGGACUUUCCUACAGCCGAACAAAUUGGACCCAAUAGGCUGCCUUCCUAUAAUUACCCUUCAGAUCACCUCUCUCUCGUCUGUGACUUCAGCUUCAAGGAUCCAACGCUUGUUUCCCAGUAAUUACUGACUCAUUUCACAAGAUAUUUACUACAAGUCGAGACUUGUGCUGGCACAGCAUUUCUACAUAUUUUGAUUGUUGUUCAUGAAUAAUUAACACUUCAGCCAGUACAUCCUGAAAGGGAUAGUUCAUACAAAUAAAAAAAGAAUUCACUAAACGUCAAUCCAUGUAUGAUUUCCUUUGUACUGUGGAACAUUAAAGGAGAUUUGUUUUCAUUUGCUAAGACAAUACAGCACAAUAAAAUCAUAAAGCAAAGACUUCA